AUGUCAAUGCUUACAACACUGGGUGAUACCCUUGCACAGUAUCUACGCCAGCUAGACACCAAGCUCUCGCAAUCAAAUGGCGCCCCGCCUUAUCUAUGGGACGCCACACCAUAUAGCGGACUAGACGACACGGGUUCGCUGCCAUCGCCUGAAGCUUUUCGCCUGAUCGAGAAAAUUCGGCUUGAUCUCAAAGCCGUCGAGGCUCUGAUCACACCUACACACUUCAAGCUGGUUGAGUUAGGCCUCGCACCAUACAAAGUUGCUGCUUUGAGCACUGCGGUAGCUCUGAAUGUGGCAGAUGCGCUCACCGAGCUGGGUGGAGAAGCGUCCCUCCAUGACCUUGCGACCAGAUUGGACACAAAUGAGCAUAAGUUAGGAAAGAUCAUGCGCGUGUUAACAGGAGAGUUCAUCUUCCAAGAAGUGUCGAAAGACGUCUUCAAACACUCUCGGCAUAGUAUAGGGCUUGCGGGGUCAUUGGGAGCUCGCUCUUUCCUCGCAUUCAUCACAAACCUAGGUGCGAAGUCUGCUAUCGGUAUACCAAACGACCUCUCCCGACCAGACACCAAGCACAGUUUCACAGAACAGACGGCUCCAUUUGUCAGAGAAGUCUCGAAGGACGGAAAGACUUUCCUGGAGUAUUUUUCGGAUCCAAACAAUUCAGAAAUGGUCACUUUGGCCAACGAUGGUAUUGUGGGAUGGCUCAAUCAAUUGACACGAAGAGCGCUUCUGACAGAUUACCCCUGGGCAGAACUUGGUAAAUCGACUGUGGUCGAUGUGGGCUGUGGACCUGGAGACAGCGGAAUCGAUGUGAUGAAACUAUAUCCCGAUCUCAACUGGGUAUUUCAGGACUUUGGACCUGUUGUUGAAAGCGUCAAAAAGGCUCUUCCAAGCGAACUAAAAGCUAGAGAACAAGACGGGAGAAUAACUUAUGUUGAACAGGACUAUUUCAAGCCUAAUGCCAGCAAGGGCGAUGUCUGGUAUCUACGAGGGGUCCUCCACGAAUAUUCCGACGAAGAUGUCUUGAAAAUCCUGUCGAACCUGGCAACGACUAUGGGCCAAACACCAGCAUCCAAAAUGGUGAUCAACGAGGUCUUUGUCGCGAGUCCCGUAAUUGCAUCAGCUUCGUCGACCUCUCCGCCCUCGGAAAACAUUCCUGAGAGUCAGUCUGCUCUCGCGGAUAUGGCCAAUACAAUGACUUGGAGCACAUUUUCGCUGUUUGGAGGCAAGGAGAGGUCAUAUGAAGAGUACGAAAAACUACUGAACCAGGCUGGGUUGAGAAUCAGUCGAUUCUUUAGAUUCAGGACCUUUACGGUAAUGUUAGAAUGUGAACUAGCCUCCAUCUAG